AUGACCUCUGAUACAAGGAUAGGACAAACAGGCCAACCUACCGACCAGCCCAAGCCAACGGACCCAAGUUAUGGACAUGUGGACAUCCUCCAGACCCUUCCAAUCGAUUGUUCUCCCUCAUGUUUGGAAUGGUCGAGCGACGGCCAAGCUUUUGCAGUCACCAGGGCGAACAUAUGCCUGUUGACGCCCAUCCUCGGAUACAUGGUCCCACCGGAAGACCCACAUGCGCACAUACAAACUCGUCCCGCUGAGAAUGGAUCUCAUUCGCAAGACCUUCCGUCGACGCCUUCGGGUUCUAAUCCUUCGGCGACCCACGAAUCAAUACCAGACUCUACCAAAUCGGGCGAUUGCCAGCAUAGGAUACCAUUCUUCAUGACAAUUAUUGAGAUCAAUAAACAACUUGGCGUCAAUUGGUCAGCCCAUUCCAAUGUCAUAUCCACCAUUACACCGCCUAACGACGACCGGUUCUGGCGAACAGCUAGUUGGUCUCCUAGUGGAUUAUCACGCUUGGGAUCGUGCUUGCUUGCUGCAUUGUCUACCACUUGUGAUGUCUUUGUGUUUUCACCUACUCGGAAUUUUCAGACUGGAUUAUGGGAAAUUAAAGAAACUUUAAAUCUUUCCGAAGAAUUGUUGAAGAUUUUUUACCGUUUUUAUCCUGCUAUCGUUGGCCAUCCAGAAGACCCGCCAGAACCAGUCGAUGUUAGCCCGGAGACUGCAUGGGACGAAUCGGCGGAGGGCAACGAGAAAAGAAGUAGAUUUACGUCUUGCGUCCUCAGGACUCAAGCCACUUGUCUCGCCUGGUCGCCUGCCUAUUUUCAUUGUGAAUCGGAGAUUCCUAGUCCGAAACAGUUUGACGAGUUAUAUGACGUGGAUUUUUCGUUGCUUGCGGUCGGUCACAGGAGAGGAGAUAUAUCUCUAUGGAGACACACAUCCAACGGAGAGAUGGAACUUGGAUCCUUAAACCCAAUCUGCCCCAAUGGCCAUACUCUUAAUUUACUAUCGUGGUCAGAUUGGAAACUGGGCGCUCGGCGAAGAGUUGUGGAUCGCUCACAGAUCAACAUUACCAAUCUGUUCGCAAAACUAGACGAUCCAUCAACACAUCAGUACCAGUUGACAAGCCAUCUAGCAGUUGCUAAUUCGAAAGGGGUCGUUUAUCUCUUGCAUCUCUUUCGACCCUUUGAGAGACCAAUUAAGGUGCUCUCCCCCCUUUCCCGGAUAGAGAUAACGACCAUCGGGGUAUACCAGGAUCCACUGAACCAGUCAUCUAUCACCUACUUCAAAUGGUUACCGUCUUGCGGAAAUUAUCCACCAAGAUUAGUUUUGAGUCGGUUGGGGGAGAUAGUUUUGGUCUCCCUGUCUUCGGCUCCUGCUGAACAACAAAGUGAUUAUCAAUCUAGAUUCUCCAUUGGUCGCACUCAGGUUAUUCAGUUACCUGUCUUGCAACCUCAUGAUGAUCGAUUUUGCUGGGCGGACUGCAACAGCUGGGCGAGCUGUACAGGUAUCAGUGCCAUCCCGACAGGUAUACCAGGAAUCACGCAAAUAGUAGCGAUGCUAUCAAACGGCUUGAUGUUCGUUUUCAGGGAAUCUUCCCAUUCCGACCCAUCUUCAACGUCUUCGUCUCCGGCCAAUUCACUCGAGCUUGACUUGGCACAUUCCGUCCAACUUUCACUCGACUUUCGAGCUAAGUUUCGCUCGAUCGGCUUUUCGGCACACCCACCGCCAAACAACAUUCCAAUCACCAAGCAAAACGUCAUGAACGUCUUUGGAUCCAGUGUUCUCAGUAGUCUCCAACAUGUUUCAGGCGACCGCCAGCAGCUCCAUUCUACCGAUCAGAUGGCCCUGUCGAACGGAUGCAUUAUGAGCUGGUUAUAUGAGAUCGAUGCCCCCAAUAAGUUUCGAUACAAGCCGGAGAACUACCAAAUUCUCCAAUUUUGUUUAGCAGAUUUUGAUCCUGUAGGGUCGCGUCAGCACCCUGUAAAACUUCCAAGAAGAAUGCAGCUUCUGGGGAUUCUUGAGAACCAAAUCAAUUGGAUCAUGCCGGCCAUGUUUGCAAAAUCGGUUUCGUCCCUUCUAGUAUCGCCUCCUUUAAGACUAUUCAACAUCUUCAACAUCCUUCACUCGAUUUUCUCCGAUACUGGGCCUCGGGAGUCUGCAUCGUUUGAUCUGCUCACCUCAACUCUUUCAAAGCUGCUUGAUUUUCUUCAGCUGGAAAGGCUGGGAGAAAAUUAUAACGAACCUUUUUACUCGGCUCUACCUGACCACCAACCCGAUCUCGACCCUCAGGAGGUGAAAGCCUCACUGGCUCUGAAAAGCCAAUUGAUCAAUCAAAUCCUGUAUAAUCCUAAUCUUGAUCAUCUUCGCUUGAAGGCCAAUCUAUGUCACUUCUUACUGGCUCGGGUCGAUAAAGUUCGGUUUCCUUCAUUGAGGAGUAGACUUGUUGAAGCCAAAGUCUCUAUCUCAAGAAUCAUCCAUCGUCUGGUCUUGCAAAACAUUGCGCAAUUCUUUGUUCGUCAUCAAGGACAGCUUUCUGAUGAUGAAAGACCAGUUUUUCAUCGAUACCAACAUGCGAGCAAGGCGAUUGCGUGGUUUCCAGAACCGUCAAUCGAACAACUGUUGGAACCUGAUGAGAUCGAUCACAAGUUGCUAGACCAGGACCGUCUUUCCUUAGCUUUUGAUGCUUCAGCAGAUAAUGUGACUCCUCCAAUCCCGACUGGAGCAGAGGAUCAAGAGAUGGAAAAGUGUCCUGCGUGUCUUCAAUCCGUUUGUUUUGAUAGUCUCCGUUUUGCCAUCUGUCGCGUUGGUCAUGUUUGGGACAGAUGUUCAGUCACGUUCCAAAUCUUGUCGACGAUUAAAGUGAGAAUAUGUACGGGUUGUGGAAGGAAAGCGAGGAGCAGAGGUAGUGGCGAGGAUCGAAAGAUCAGUCGAGAAGAUGAAGGCAGUCGAGAAGAAGCUCAAACGGGGCCCGGCGCUCACCCUCAAGAACAUCCUCCUUCCACUUCUAUUCAGCCAGAGGAUGUGGUCGAUAUUGAUCGGCUGGACAGGUUUUCUUUUGUUCAGGUCUUGUUGGAUUCCUCUGUAUGUUGUUGGCAUUGCGGUGGCAGAUGGAGAUUGUCAUCUUGA